CCUGUAUCAUUAUUUUAUCAUGGCAUGGUCUACUUAUGAGAACAUGUCAAAGAAGCGUGUGUAAGUUAUGUAAGUAAGAUGAUAAUUGGUCCCUGUGCUUGGUUCCACUCAGAGCCCAGAGCAGUCUUAAUUUGCACUACCAUGGAAAAUAUGCCACUGCCCACCUUAAAAUUAAAUGCAGGCCAUGUGGUGUUGAACAUCCUAAAUGAAUCUGUUUAUUUUUUUAGGUGGACUUACAGAGAAAAAUGGAAGAGAGGAGCCAGUUUAUUGCAGACUAUAAAGUAAAAAUGAUAUUGUAACAAACAGUAUCUAUUUAAAUGGUAUUUACCAGAGCAAAUAAGAGUAUUCAUAUAAAAUCUGUAAAAAAUUUUGCUUUCAAAUAAAGCAUCUUCAGAGAUUAAUAUGGUAUAUAGUAACAUCCCGCUGUAUUCUUUAAAGAGGAUGUCUAAAAAUAAAUAGAUUGUGUAAAAAGUAUGUGCCUGCCACUAAACAGGUACAGUGCAUAUUUGAGUUAUUAUUGUAAUCAUCAUCUGCAAAUUUCCCAAAGCUGUCUGUGAUGGUUUUCAUUCAUUUAGCCCAUGAUACUGUAUAUAGUAGCGGUAAAUUAAAACCAAACAGACUUGCUUCAGACAACUAGUUUCCCACUAGUUUGAAAUAGGUAUUUACCCACAAUAUCCUAAGAGAAAAGAAUUUCUGUCCCUAAACUUAAAUUAGAAUUGGUUGUUCCAAAUUGACACACGACAUCAGUCAUAUACAAUGCUAUUUUACCAUCUUUACUCCAAUGAUUAUAUUGACCAUUGAUUAGUAAUUGAUAUGAUUAUUGGGCAAAUACAUUUACCAUCAUGUACAAGCAGUUACUGGAAAUAUGGAUAGUUUUGAGGCAAUUACACAGACAGGCACCUGCUAUUAUAGUUGAAAUUGACCUACUUUAUCUUCUCCUGUCUCCCAUAAAAUGUACAAAUACAAAUUUAAUUGGCACAUCUGAGACACACAUUCACACCACUUUUGCAAUGUUAUACGUUAUAGAUAGAUAAUGUUAUAGAUAAAUCUAUAGGCUCUGUUUCAUCCACAGAUGAUCCACUGAGGAGCUAGCUACUACAACAUUCCAGCUGCUAUAGUUACCUUUAAAGCAUAGAUUUCCCAGAUUUUCAGCGUUUGUACAUUGACUUGAUCAAGUGUUUUGCGCCCUGAGAAUUUCUCUAAAGGUCCCUUGUAAUGCACGCCAGUAACCUUGAUAAUGAAUGUUAUUGCAGAAAGAUUUAACCAAGAAGGAAUGGCUUAUACAACAACUGCAAGGAAAGCUUGAUGAAUCUCAACGGAAGCUUUCUGAAGCCAACUAUCACAAGACUGACCUUCAGAAAGAGUUGGAUCACCGGAAGGCUCUUCCUCAGCAGUACAUGAAUGAAGAAGAUGAUCAGCAAUGUCACAUUCACAGAGCACCCCAGUCAUGGGCAGCAGCAACUCAUCCACCAAAGUGCUGUACUUUACUGACCGCUCUCUGACACCCUUCAUGGUCACUUUACCAAAGAGUUUAGGAGAGGUGACACUGAGGGACUUCAGAGCAGCUAUUGGUCAAGAGGGAAGUCCCAGAUACCACUUCAAGGCUUUGGAUCCUGAAUUUGGAACAGUGAAAGAAGAGGUGUUUCAUGAUGAAGAUAUUAUUCCAGGCUGGGAAGGUAAAAUAGUAGCCUGGGUGGAAGAAGAUCAUGGAAGCAUUUGAAUGAUAUUGAUCAUUGGUACAAUGAGAAACUCCAUGAUACGGGUCUGGAUAUUAUAUCAUGCUGCCAAAAGAGGAUUCUGCAGGCACCAAAAGGAAAGCUCAUACAUAGUUCCAGCUGCAGGAAAGUGGAUCCUUACUAGUUGCUGGUGAUGCCGUUAAUGCAUCAAACGAGACAAUAUACAUUUGGGAUAGCCGCAAUGACAUUAUUUCUUAGGAUUUAUGUGGUCCCUGCCUUGUGGUUGCCAGAAGCCUUAUAAUGUAUGAAAUACAGUAUGUGAUGAAGAGUAUUCAGUAUUUUUCUACAGGUGCACUAAAUCUAGUCUUGCAGUUAUAGCAGGGCAAUAUGUAACAGGUCCCUUCAGGUUAGACAAUCCUUAGAUUGGGUCAAAUGCAGUAAACUAUUUGCCAUCUACGUAGUCUGCAUAUCAUUGGUUGGAACAUGGAAACAUAAAUUCUACAGCAUAGGCCACUCAGAUGGCCAGAUUGUUAUUGCUGUAGAAUUUAAAUCUAUGGUACAAAAAUGGUUAAAGCAUGGAUAUUCAUCCUGGGCCUGUACAUCUCACAAGAUACGGUGUAGGAGGCUUAUAGUUCAGUGCUAACCAUACACAUAUUAAAAAGAUGUUUUCAGAUUUUUGCCUGAAAACCACUAAAUCUUCGGAUUAUUACACGAAACCCAUCGCAGAUGAAGAUAUCUUUGGGACUUCUCCCACUGACUUAUAUGUAAC